AAACUCGGAAGAAUGAAAGAAGCGGCUAGCCAAUCAGAAAGUUUCUUUCUGCUUCAUCUAACCCGCUGAGAGACAGCCAGACAGGCAGACAAAAACCAGAAGAAAACUCAAAGGCACAUAGAGCUUUUCGAUAUGUGGGGGCGUGGACUUUUUGCUGAAUUUCAGAUCUGUUAAUCCAAAAGCUUAAAGUUAAAACAACCGACGCUUUAGUUUCCAUUUUUAAUCUAAUGGCUGAUAAUCAAGAGAAAGCAUCGACGACUUCGUCACAGCUGACAAAGUCAUCAACUCCUCCGUCACAUCCGACUAUCAUGCUACCCCCGCGAGCUUCAUUCGCUGAAGCUUUAUUCAAUAACGCUCAGGGAGCUGUCUCGGGGCUGGGCCUGGGCUUCAGUCCGGGGCCCAUGACUUUGGUUUCGAGCCUGUUCUCCGACUCCGACGAGUGUAAGUCAUUCUCCCAGUUGCUCGCUGGGGCCAUGGCGUCUCCUGCUCCUUCCGGCCAAUUCAGACCGAAUUUACCGGAGCAUGUGGAGAGAAGUUCGGGGGAUAGCGUCAGCGGACGUGGUGAGAUGGAUUUUCGGUUCAAGCAGAAUAGACCAUCCGGUUUGGUGAUUGCACAACCGUCGCCGAUUUUCGCGGUGCCGCCUGGCUUGACCCCUGGAGCUCUGCUUGACUCACCGAAUUUGGGAUUGUUCUCUCCUGGACAGGGACCAUUUGGAAUGACACACCAACAGGCCCUUGCUCAGGUCACUGCCCAGGCUGCCCAAGUCCAAUCCCAUGUGCAUAUUCCAGCUGAAUAUUCAUCUUCUUUGUCAUCAGCCCCUGUAACAUCUAUGCCUCAAAUCUCAUCAUUUACUGCAAAUAGAACCACACAGCAGCAGACGCUGCCCACACUGCCAGAUUCUAGAGUAAUAGUUAAGGAUUCCUCAGACUUCUCUCAGUCUGAUCAGAGACCACAAUCUUCUUCGUAUGUUCUGGAUAAGCCUGCUGAUGACCCCUAUAACUGGCGCAAAUAUGGGCAGAAGCAGGUGAAAGGAAGUGAAUUUCCUCGAAGUUAUUACAAAUGCACGCAUCCUAAUUGCCCUGUCAAGAAGAAGGUUGAACGAUCUCUUGAUGGCCAAGUAACUGAAAUUAUCUACAAGGGGCAACACAACCAUCAACCACCUCAAUCUAAUAAACGUUCCAAGGAUACUGGAAACGUGAACGGGAAUUCCUAUAACCAGGGGAAUUCUGAAUUAUCUUCUCAAUAUCAGAGUGGAAAUGUAAACAGACUGAAGGAUCAAGAAUCUAGCCAGGCUACACCUGAAAAUGUAUCUGGGACAAGUGACAGUGAGGAAGUGGGUGAUGCUGAAACUGGUGUAGAUCAGAAAGAUGAAGAUGAGCCUCACCCAAAGAGAAGAAAUACAGAGGUCAGCGUUUCAGAGCCAGCUUCGUCACAUAGGACUGUUACUGAACCUAAAAUCAUCGUGCAGACAACCAGUGAAGUUGAUCUUUUGGAUGACGGCUACAGAUGGCGCAAAUAUGGCCAAAAAGUUGUCAAGGGGAAUCCUUAUCCUAGGAGUUAUUAUAAAUGCACAUUUCCUGGUUGCAAUGUCCGUAAGCACGUUGAGAGGGCUUCAACAGACCCAAAAGCUGUCAUAACAACGUACGAGGGCAAACAUAAUCAUGAUGUACCAGCUGCUAAAACUAGUAGCCACAACACAGCCAACAGUAAUGCUUCACAGAUAAAACCACAAAAUACCAAAACAGAUUAUGCAAACAAUAAUCAACAGCCUAUAGCGCUUUUACGGUUAAAAGAAGAGCAUUUGACAUAGUUGCUCAGAGUUGUAAUCACACUAAGACGCAGAGGUUAAGUUGAAAAUGAAAGCUGCAGGGGAUUAGGCAAAAACUGUAAGUUAUCUUUUCAUAGAUCUGUUUCUCAAAAUCAUGGCCAUUGUUUUGUUCAUGGUCAUCUUCUCAAAGUUAAUAUAGAAAAGAAAGAGGUCUAAAAUGAAGGAGAGAUAUCAACUCAAAAAGAAAUUGGCCUUACUGGGUUUAGAAGGCAAUACUAUAAAAUAUUUAUACUAGUUUAGUUGGUAUAUUGUAUCGAAAUUUGCUUCUGUGCAUUCUUUUGUACAUGAAAUUACGUAAAGUGUUGUUGCUUCAUAUGUUUACAAAUGUUUGUAUCUGGGUUUCAAUCUUUUGACUGACCAGAGAUUUUUUUUUUUUUCAUAUAUAGCUUUCUGUAUAAAGUUGCCUACUUAUGCGGCCGUAUUUAUUUAUUGUGCUAAAUUAUACUUGAAUUAUUUUUUAUAACC